GACCCACUUCUACCGGAAGUAGCCGCCUGUUAUUUCUGUGAAUGAGUACAAUGCCUUCUAAAGAUCUAUUUUAAGGAGGUACCAAAGCUGUCCAGUCCCCAUGAUGAAUUUCGAGGGACUAGACCCAGGCAUGGGUGACUUCUCGCCGGCGCUGCAUGGCACCCUGGAGCCAGGCCUGGAGCCCCCCCUGGACCCCCGGCUUGACCCGGCUCUGCUGCAGGGUGUGGAUCUGGACCCGGAUGGCCUGACCGUGUCCGUGCCCGAGUCCGUGCACCUGCUCGAGGGCAUGUUCUCAGAGCUGCACAGCGUCGUGGCUGAGGUGGGCAUCCCCGUCACCGCAGCCCACUUCGACCUGCAGGAGGAGCUGCUGUGGAUGGGCAACCACAGGGGCCAUGCCAGUUCUUUUUUUGGGACCACCAUGGGCCGCUACUCAUCCUUCCAAGUACACGCUACAGAUGACGUUAGGAACAUUCAGAGCCUGGAAACGGGUGUGCUCUUCCUGACCAAGAACAAUCUCAAGGGCCUCACUCGAGGAGGCCUUAUAAUGUUCGACUACCCGAUGGAGGAAUCUGCCGACAUGCAUAGCUUACUUCUCACCGACAACAACACGUUGCUGAUGGGAGGGCUGCAGAACUACGUGUGUGAGGUUGACCUUAAUACGGUGCAGGAAACGCAGAGGUUCACAGUGGAGGUCCCAGGUGUCGCUAUUAUGAGACAGUCCAAUCGGUCUUUCUUCUGUGGACAUACUUCUGGAAAGGUGUCACUGCGUGACCCGCGCACUUUUAAGCUGGAGCAGCAGUUUGACGCCUUUUCCGGCAGCCUCUCGGAUUUUGACGUUCAUGGCAACUUGCUGGUGGCGUGUGGGUUUUCCAGUCGUGGGCUAAAUGGGCUGGCGUGUGACCGAUUUCUCAUGGUGUAUGACCUGCGCAUGAUGCGUGCCGUCACACCACUGCAGGUCCAUGUGGACCCUCUUUUCCUGCGCUUCAUCCCCACCUACACCUCCCGUCUGGUCAUCAUCUCCCAGACAGGGCAGUGCCAGUUUUGUGAGCCCACAGGCUUAGCAAACUUGGCUGAUAUUUUCCAUGUGAACACUGUGGGCCAGUUGCUCAUGAGCUUCGAUGUGUCUUCUAGCAAGCAAGCCUUGGUGUUUGGGGACUCAGGGGGGUGUGUUCACCUGUGGUCGGAUGCUCCUGAGGUCUCCUUCAAUGGGUACUCUCGGGACACAGACUUCGCCUUGCCUUGCAUGGUAGACUCAAUGCCUCACUUGGACUGGAACCAUGAUCUGCUGCCACUGUCUCUCAUACCAAUGCCCCUGACCAGCACUGAGCCGCUUCUUUCCGAUUGGCUGACCGCCCUGGCCAGUCCAAGCCCAAGACGAGCCCCUGCUGUUGACCCUGAGAUCUUGCGCACCAUGAAGACAGUUGGAUUCAUUGGAUAUGCCCCCAACCCUCGUACCCGGCUGCGUAACCAAGUUCCUUAUAAAGUCAAGGAAGCAGAACUAGAGUAUGACAGUUAUAACCAGGUACCUGAGUCUCCUCUUGGCAGAGACGAGGAGCCCCAUCUCCAUAUGGUACCCAAGAAAUACAGGAAGGUGACCAUAAAGUACUCCAAACUGGGCCUGGAAGAUUUUGACUUCAAGCACUACAAUAAGACCUUGUUUGCUGGCCUGGAGCCACACAUUCCCAAUGCAUACUGCAACUGCAUGAUUCAGGUGUUGUAUUUCCUGGAGCCCAUCCGCUGCCUGGUUCAGAAUCACUUAUGUCAGAAGGAGUUCUGUUUGGCCUGCGAGUUGGGUUUCCUCUUUCACAUGUUGGACCUAUCCAGGGGAGACCCCUGCCAGGCCAGUAACUUCCUCAGGGCCUUCCGGACCAUCCCAGAGGCAUCUGCGCUGGGGCUGAUCCUGGCAGAUUCAGACGAACAGACCGGCAAGGCGAGACUGGGCCGCCUGAUUCAGAGUUGGAACCGCUUCAUCCUGACUCAGCUGCACCAGGAGACACAGGAACAGGAAGGGCCACAGGCCUACCGAGGGCUCAGCAGCAGUUCCUUUGGGUCCUCAGGGGAGUCUGUGAUUGGCCGACUGUUUGGAUGUGAGGUGGAGAACAGCAGCAUGUGCCGCUGCAGCAAGGAGACUGUGCGCUCUUCCCUCACGCUGCUCUUUACCCUGCAUUAUCCUGAGCAGAGCAUGAUGGAUAAAAUGAUAAAGGAGUAUGACUUUGCAGAGAUACUGAAGAAAAGCAUUUGCUUGGAACAGAACACACAAGCGUGGUGUGAGAAAUGUGAGAAGUACCAGCCCACAGUGCAAACCCGUAACAUCCGCUGCCUCCCAGAUGUGCUGGUCAUCAACUGUGAGGUGAACAGUGUUAAGGAGGCUGAGUUCUGGAAGGCCCAGGCAGAGUAUGCUUUCAAUAAGGCUCUUAGAAAGGAAGAGAUGGAACCACCAAAGCCAAAGGAGUCCACUCCCAGCGAGUGGUGUGUGGAGGAUGAGCUGUGUAGUGCAAAAGGAUUCAGCUUUGGCACUAGUAUUGAGGACUUGAGGCACAUGUGGAUCCCCCUGAGCCUGAAGAUGUCCAUCAGCAAGAGCCAGGGCCUGGAGGUCUCCAACUGGAAGGAGACCGAUGAGCUGAGCCCCACUGAGGAGACUGCAGGUGCUGUCAUCUAUGAUCUGGUAGCAACGGUGUCACAUCUGCUGGAUUCUCGCACAGGUGGUAACUUAGUGGCCCAUAUCAAGGUGGGAGAGACAUACCAUCAGAGAAAAGAGGGAGUGACGCACCAACAGUGGUAUUUGUUCAACGACUUCCUGAUUGAGCCCAUUGACAAGGCUGAAGCAGCUCAGUUUGAUGUUAACUGGAAGGUUCCUGCCAUAUUGUACUAUGCCAAGAGGAAUUACCACUCCAAAUACGACUUGCGCAUUAAGAAUCCAAUUGAGGCCAGCGUCCUGUUGGCAGAAGCCUCAUUGGCACGGAAGCAGAGGAAGAGUCAUGCCACUUUCAUUCCGCUCAUGGUCAGCGAGAUGCCUCAGGCUGGGGACCUGGUGGGGUUGGAUGCUGAAUUUGUCACUCUCAACCAGGAAGAAGCAGAACUGCACAGUGAUGGCACAAAGUCCACCAUAAAGCCUAGUCAGAUGUCCGUAGCUCGCAUCACCUGUGUGCGUGGCCAGGGGCCCAACGAGGGGGUGCCUUUCAUUGAUGAUUACAUCUCCACACAGGAACAGGUAGUGGAUUACUUGACGCAGUACUCGGGCAUCAAGCCAGGAGAUCUGGAUGCCAAGAUCUCCUCAAAGCACUUGACUACACUCAAGUCAACAUACCUCAAACUGCGCUUUCUCAUUGACACUGGUGUGCGAUUUGUGGGCCACGGGCUACAGAAAGACUUCCGUGUCAUCAACUUAUUUGUACUGAAGGACCAAGUUAUUGACACAGUCCAUCUGUUUCACAUGCCUCGGAAGAGAAUGAUCUCCCUACGGUUUCUUGCUUGGUACUUUCUUGACCUGAAGAUCCAGAGCGAGACCCAUGACAGCAUAGAGGAUGCACGUACUGCCUUGCAGCUGUACAGAAAGUACCUGGAGUUAACCCGUGGUGGUGGGGCAGACGAAGCGCACAAGAUGCUGAAGGGGUUGUAUGAGAAGGGCCGGAAACUGGACUGGAAGGUCCCUGACGGUGACGGUGGAGAGGGUCAGAGUAGCCCAAAGAGUGCUGAUGUAUUUCCUGUGAUGGGAUUGUAAAAUGUAAAGAAGCUAGAGGAGACUGUUUUUCCAGUGACUCCUAAUUUGCCAUUUAAAAGAGUUUCCUCCUUACCCACUCUGCAACUGAGCAUGAAUUCCAACAGGAUAUGCAGGCUGUCAACUGACAUAUCCUAAAGAGGAUAACUACAGCUGACAGCAACAAACUCUAAUCGAGCCUUUAGGAGUUCUGGGGGUAAAAUGUGAGUUUUAAGGUCACAUACACAGAAGGCUCGCUCUCCUUAGCCAGCACUUGGCUUUUACUGGGCGUAGCAGACAUUCAAACUAAUACAUGUAAGCCUUUGGAGACAAAUUCAUGCCUUUCUCUCCACAGCACAUGUACUGUGUUCAUAAGUGAACACCUGCCAGUGUUAACCAGCAUUCCUUUCCCCCUCUUUUAGCCAGGAAUUUGAAAUACCCUUUAAAUGAAAUAUGUAAAUGAACUGGAUUUGUACAGCAUGAAUUUUUGAUUUAAGUCUUUUGUAUUUGAACUUCUGGUGUAUACAUUUUGUGCAAUGCAAAGCAACAAAUUAAACAGUUGUAUUUAUGUGUUGUGAAUUUUUGAUAGACUUUGCUAUCCAAACUAAGACCUAACCUUUGAAGUUGUAAC